AUGACUUUGGCUUAUCGACAGCGUAGAAAGUCCACGGCAGACAGGAUACGCAUGCUGGAAUCCCAGGUUUCCUCCUUGUCUGGUUUGCUCGCUCCAAAUCCGCCUCCAAGCGUCUUGAGACAUUUUGUAGAGGUUUACGGAAUCAAGUUGCAUCUCCAGCCACUACCUUUAUUCGAUGUUGAAUGUCUUGGAAACAUGCUACAAGUUUCACCUGAAUAUUUUCUGCAUAGCUUCUUGGCACUGAUGCUUGAGUUUUCGUCUCAUUCAUUUUAUAUCAACAAGUAUCAACAAGCUUCUGCAUUCUAUUGGCACUCCGCUGAAGCUGCCACCCAACAACUUGCAGGGCGGGGGAAGCCAACAAUAGAGGUACUACAGGCCCUGUGCAUGUUGGCCUUGAGAAAUGUUGCAGCUGACGAUUUACCGCGAGCUUGGAUGUCCGUUGGUGCCGCAGCAAGGCUGAGUACUGUUGGCCAUAUGUGGCACGUCCAGUUUACGAACGCUACAGAACAUGACAAAGACAAUAGAUGCUAUUGGAGUAUUUACAUGAUCGAAUCUAUCUUCUUCCCUCAUGUUUCCCAAGCAAUAAAAACAGACCGCGCAUAUAGACAUCCACCAAGUGUUGAGCCACCGCCACCACUGCCUCACGACUUAGACCAGAUAAAUGCCCUGGACUUUGAUGACACCGGGGGAACAAGCCGUGAUUUUGGUAUCAAUGCACAUGCAGGGGGUAUCAUUUCUAUCUGGAGUCAAGUCGCAUCCUACCUACACGAUAUCCGCAUGGGCGAGAUUCAAAUACCAUGGCUACCGGAGUCUACAUACUCCAAGCUUAACCUAUCUCUGCUUGAGUACGAGGCUCAGCUACAUCGAAAGCAUCUGAUGAGGAAUCUAUUUCCCUUCAAAAGAUCAACUGAAGACAUAAAGGCAUAUCGCCAGUACUGGAAUCCGUGGUUGACAACGCAUCUCAUUCUCCACGCAUCUCUUGCACUCCUCAACCACCCUUUCAUUCAUCUUGUCGCGCUCCGUCGCAACAAAGGCAUGAGUCAAUCUCGAUUAUUCCUUCAACAGGUUGCUAUCUUCCACUCUGGAUGGGUGUUCUGGCUGGUGGGUAUAUUCGAAGAUCUGUCAGUAGAUAUCUCAAACCCUUUAAUCGGAUUGGCAGUUGCAGCGACAUCAACUAUUCCAUGGCUAUAUCAGUUUGGCAGAAAUGUCAAGCUUGCUCGAAAAGCAAGCCAGAACUUGGCCAAAGGACAAAGGCUUCUUGAACGCAUGUCAAAAAUUUGGCCAUUCUUGUCUCGCAAGAGCCCACCACUCAUGAAACGUCAGCUUGAAAGCCUCAAAGAACUACAAUCACUCGCUAUGGGAACACAAUUGGAGACGGGCACGACUAGUGCAAUGAUUGAGUUCCCCCCUUCGAUGAUUUGGGUACUGCUCGAUCCCAUCAUCGAACCAGCUGGGCUAUCGAGCAACAUCGACGAUGUCCCCACAGGAAGUGCCACUCGAGUAAGCAUCCAUGUGACCACGGACUUUUUGCAUCCGCUGGAUGAUGAUCAGGAGGAAUCGACACUGAGUCCAUUCGACUGGGAGAAUGGUUUAAUGUUUCAGAAUGACUUGCUUCAGGACAUUUACCCUGCAACCUUGGUCCCAUUCGACCUGAAUAACCUGUAA